AUGGGAGCGCACGAGCAGCCGCCGCUGCAUCCCAACAAGCAGAAGACGACAUGCUUCUCGUCGUGGAAUGGUGGCUUUUCGAAAGCUAGCUUUUUGAAAGCUGAGGUUUGUUUGGCAACCCAGCUUUCUGAAAGCGGAAGCCUCGCAAUCGCAUCUAUUCGACGCCAGUGGCCGCCGUCUUCCUCCUCCAGCGGCCUUGCCGGCUAUGCUCUGGAUCUCCGAGGCCGCUAUGCUCUGGCACGAGCAGGCUCCCAGGACGAGAAAGGGCCUCAGAAUGCCGUGCUCUCUCCUCUGCUCCAGUACGUCGACGACACCUACAACUUCGUCUCAUCUGGUCCCCGGAGCUGCAACUACUCUGAUGGGAGGUGGGUGUACGCGCCGGGCCACGCGCGUCGGUACAACGGCACGGAGUGCGAUGUGAAGGACAGCCACAACUGCAUCCGCAACGGGCGCCCCGACACGGGCUACCUCGACUGGCAGUGGCAGCCGGCGGGUUGCCACCUGCCGGCGUUCGACGCCAAGGCCUUCCUCUCGGCGGCGCGCGGCAAGCACGUGGCCCUCGUCGGCGACUCCAUGGCGCGGAACCAGGCGCAGUCCCUCGCCUGCCUCCUCGCUGCCGAGUUCCCGCACCGCGUCGUGUACCGGGACCCCGACUACCCGCGCAGCCGCAAGCCCGACCUGUGGCGCUGGGCGUUCCCGUCGCACGGCGUCACGGUCUCCUUCUACUGGGCGCCGUUCCUCGCCAGGGCCACGGGCAAGGCGCGCAACGACACCCUGCCGCAGAACGUGAACCACGUCCACCUCGACGCGCCCGACGACCGGUGGGGCGCUGACGCCGACACCAUGGACGUGGUCGUGCUCGGCACCGGCCACUGGCCGCUGAACGGCGCCAUCUACUACAAAAACGGCGAGGUGAUCGGCCACCACGCCCACGACGAGCUCGACCCGGCGACGGAUAUCGGCUACGCCCGGCCGAUGAGGAUGGCGUACCGGACGGCGCUGGACCGUCUGAGCUCCGGCGGCCGGCCGCGGACCGUGGUGCUAGCGACCCUCUCGCCGGGCCACAAGUACGAAGGCGACACGCUCGCCACCAUGUGCCCGAGGAAGAAGCCGUACAGGGAGGGGGAGCAGGAGCUGCGUUACCUCGACAGGGAGCUGGUCGGCCUCGUCUACGAGGAGGCGGAGGCCGCUAGGGCGAGGAACGGUGAGGGCAGUGCGACGAAGGUGGAGGUGCUGGACGUGACGAAGCUGGCGAUCAUGCGGCCGGACGGGCACCCCGGCGCGUACAUGCACCGGGACCCCUUCGCGCACGAGGUGCAGCCGUGGAUGGCGGCGGACUGCGUCCAUUUCUGCCUGCCCGGGCCGGUCGACACCUUCAACGAGAUACUGCAGCACAUCCUGAGGAAGAGGAGAUGA